UUACCAUGGCUAAAAUUUUCAUGCUUAAAGAUAAACAAGAAGGAGGCUGUUCCCCAUUAAAAAACCCAAAUAAAUUCUUGAAAUUCUUCUAUUAAAAUAAACCUUUUCUCACGUUUUCAGAACCCAUAUAUUAUAUAUAACAGCACCACUGACUCAUUAAUGUUCUCGUCCAAGUUCCAACUAAGACGCUCUGUACAUGUUCUAUAUGGUGAUAUAAUGCAAAUUCUGCAACUGAGUCAUUUCUAAAUCUAUCUUUCUUGAUCUGAAAUCAGAAAAUCCACGAUCAAACGGUUCAUAUUUUUUUAUUUCUAUGGCGAUAUGGGUUUGCUCCAAGAAAGUGGUUCUUUUGUAAAGAAAAAGGUCACUAAUAGAGAGAAAUAGGAGGGAACUGUUUCAAACGGUAAUCAACUGCUUAGUAUCAUCACUUCUUUCUCAAAUUCAAAUCUGAAGUGCACAUUAAAGAGUUGAGCUAGUAGUCUUAUUAACUAUAAGUCUCAAAAUGGACAGUUCUUCGAAUUGCGAUGAUAGUUCUGAUCUGGGUUAUCAACCUUCACCUUCUUCUUUUGAUCAAACUGAAACUCCAGGAUUCUCAACAACUAGUGGUGACUCUUUCUUGUUUCGCCGGACUUACUCGGAGACUUCAACUGUCUCUGGCCCAAUUGAUGACAAUAGCUAUUCAUGUGAACCUUCUCCUUCGCAUUGGCCAGCAAACAAAUCUGCAACACGUAAUCAGCCUGUACUUGGAAGGCUAGGAAUGAAGCAACGAAUGCAUAUUGUUGAUGAUCAAGAAACGGUGGAUUCAGCAGAGCUUGAGAUGAUGAAAGAGAGAUUCUCAAAGCUUUUGCUUGGCGAAGACAUGUCUGGAAGUGGUAAAGGUGUUUGCACUGCAGUCACAAUCUCAAAUGCCAUAACCAAUCUCUAUGCCACUGUGUUUGGACAGACUUUGAGGUUAGAGCCGCUGCAACCUGAGAAGAAGGCUAUGUGGAAGAGAGAAAUGGAUUGUCUUCUAUCUGUAUGUGAUUACAUUUUAGAGUUUUUCCCUGCCAAGUCACAGAAUUUGAAAGAUGGAACAGCUCUUGAGGUGAUGGAAAGUAGACCAAGAUCAGAUAUUUACAUUAAUCUUCCUGCAUUAAGAAAGCUUGACGCACUGCUCAUUGAAAUACUGGAUAGUUUCCAGGAUAAUGAAUUUUGGUAUGCAGAACAAGGAAGCAUGUCAUCGAAUUCAACUCGUUCAGGUUCAUUUCGCAGAGUAAUUGUUCAGCGGAAAGAGGAGAAAUGGUGGGUACCAGUUCCAUGUGUUCCCCCAGGCGGUAUCUCUGAGAAGUCAAGGAAGCACUUGAGGCACAAACGUGACUGUGCUAAUCAAAUUCACAAAGCAGCCAUGGCCAUUAAUAGUAGUAUUCUUGCUGAGAUGGAUAUCCCAGACACAUACAUGGCUUCUCUUCCAAAGAGUGGAAAAGUGAGCCUUGGGGAUAUAAUUUACCGCUACAUGUGUACAACAGACAAAUUCUCCCCAGACAAUGUUCUUAACUGUCUCAAUUUAGCAUCAGAACAUGAAGCACUUGAGCUAGCUGACCGAGUAGAAGCUUCAAUGUAUACAUGGAGACGUAAAGCGUGUAUGAGCCACUCAAAAUCAUCUUGGGGAAUGGUAAAAGAAUUCAUGUCUGAUCUUGAUCGGACUGAUAAAAAUCAUGUUUUAGCAGAAAGAGCUGAGAGCUUGCUGUUCUGCUUGAAGCAGAGGUAUCCUGAACUGUCGCAGACAUCCUUGGACACAUGCAAGAUUCAAUACAAUCGGGAUGUGGGACAAGCAAUCUUAGAGAGUUACUCAAGAGUUUUAGAAGGCCUUGCGUUCAACUUAGUUGCUUGGAUUGAAGAUGUCCUUUUUGUAGAUAAAUCAGUAAGAAACCAAGAUGAAUAGAACCUCAAAAUGAGUUUUUCAGGGGAUAUUUUUCCAGGAGUUCUCCUCCUACAACCAAUGAAAAACUUUUGUAGAGCACAAGCCUUAUGGGGAAAAAGAAAAAAGGCGGCUGAUAUUAGCUUAAUUGUUUUUGAAUUAAAAUCACAGUAGCUUUUCCAUCUGUAUGCAAUUAAAUUGAUAGUUCGAUUCCGUUACUUUCAGCCAGAUUUGUACAUUUACUUCAGGUAAAAGACAGUUGGAAAACCCUAAAGGAGAAAGGAUUAAAUUAGUAGUCUGUGAUUCAGGCAGUUUGACUCCUUCAA